AUGAUCCAAACACCGUCUGACGCACUCGCUGCGAAUCUUAAUCCCACAAGUGCCCGUCUUGCAAUAAACUGCACGGAUCCGGUUCCACCCGGCCAGGCACCUCUUCCGCGCUGUAUAUCUGGCAUAGGCUUUAGCUACAACGCCGGUCAAUACGACACCAACACGCGGAAAUUAUAUCGCUCUGCUCGUAGAACAAGUCAUUUUACCACGUUCUUUGGUCAAUACAUUUCUUUCGAUAUUAUCCAAACAACCUCGAACAUGACUGCCAACCCGAUAGCCGUUCCACAAGACGACGCGACAUAUAACUGGGGAUUCGUAGCGACAGCUCCUCUGUUUAACUUUAAUAGGACUGCAUUUAAUGAUAAUACACCGGCAGGACACGCAGGACUCAAUCAAGUAACCUCAUACUUGGAUUUAGAGCAAUUAUAUAGUAACGAUCCUACGGUGCAAAUGCAAUUGAGAGAUACUGCCAGUUCAAGAGGUUACCUAAAGACCGGUACGCCUGGUUAUGCUCCAUUCGAUCCCAAUAAUCCAACAAAAUACCUCGUGGGUGCUGCCAACCCUAAAUCACGUAACUUAUUCGUAAUGGCCAUGCACACUGUUUGGUUACGUAAUCACAACCGACUGUGCGAUCAGUUGUGGGACACGCACGGCACGUCAUGGACCGAUGAGCAGUACUAUCAAGAAGCACGUAGAUUGAACAAGGCGUACUAUCAAAAGAUGGUCACGGAAGAAUAUCUGGGUGUGGUUCUUGGACGGCCUUUACCACUAUACUCUGGUUAUAACGCCAAUCAAGCCAACGGCAUUGAUACUGUCUUUGCUAGCAUCACAAUGCGAUACGGACAUACUGAGCUGAGCGAUGCGUAUCACAUGGAAGAUAUCAACGGCGAGGAUUUGGCUAGUCUUCCCUCGAACCAAAUCAAUGACGAAACUCUGCUCGAAAAGUUUUCGUUAGAAGUCGUUUUGAGGUCACUAGCCUUGCUCAGGCAAGAGGAAGUCGAUGGAUUGAUCUCGGAUAAUGUUCGUAAUUUUUGUCCAACUCAGACACUGUGUUUCGAUAACGCGUCUACUGAUAUCAACAGAGCUAGAGACAGAGGUAUUCCAGUGUAUAAUACAGUCAGGCAAGCUUAUGGGUUCGCGCCAGCAAACACUUUCGCCGACAUUACUAGCAAUCCGGAUAUGCAGGCUCGGCUUCAAAAACUUUAUGGAACUGUUGACCAAGUAGAAGCAUACAUUGGUAUGUUUUAUGAGGAUCAUUUGCCGGGUUCUAACUUUGGACCAACUCUUAAUGCCAGCAUGAUUACACAAUUUUCUAUCUUUCGUGAUACCGACAAAACAUGGUACGAAAACACGCUCUCUGAUGACGAGAAACUGGCUGUUCGUAACACAACAUUCCGGGACAUUGUCCUUGCGAAUCUCAUACUUCCCGACGGCACAAACUUUCCGCAGAACGUCUGGACCGUCCAACCCGAUACUGGAUCUUCUUCAAGCGAUUUAGACACGGCGUUUCCCGGAAAAGUUACUCCAUGGACUCCAUACAUAUUGAGGUGGAGGAUCUCGGGAACUGUUAUCCAGUUUGCAGUCGACCUAGCCACAUCGUCGGGAAGUGGAUGGUUUGGAGUUGGAUUUGGUCCCACUGACGAUGGCAUGACUGGAGCCGAUAUGAUUAUCGGGAUCGUCAGCAAUGGAAACGUCAACAUAAUGAACUAUUAUGCGACCGGUUAUCAGCCACCUAUCGUUGAUCCCGUUCAAGAAGUUCAACUCGACAGUCAGAGCGUUUCUAACGGGCUUGCUCGGGUUCAAUUUUCGCGAUCUCUAACGUCUAGUAAUAGCGAUAAACGCAAACCUAUCAAGAACCAAGACUUGAAAGUGAUUAUGGCGUACAAUCCAGUCAGUUCGAUCUUGACGUAUCACGGCAACAAUCGUCAGAAGCUUCGCAUCAACUUUUACACAAAUACAAUUGCGUCUGAUGCUAAUCCUGAAUCUAUUAUGCGUACAAGAAUAGCACAUGGAAUCUCAAUGUUUCUUGCUUGGGGAGUGAUCUAUCCAGCUUCUGCGUUUAUUGUUCGGUACUACAAGCAUACAUACGGAUUUCUCAAAAUUCAUGUAAACAUGCAGCUGCUGGCUUCUUCUCUAGUGGCUACAAUGGGCGCCGCAGUUAUUGCUACUGUUAGUAAGACUUUAUGCGUGCAUGCAAAGGUUGGACUGGUCGUGUACGGCUCUACCUACAUACAAUUGGGGUUGGGUAUUUGUUCAUUCUGGCUCUUGAAGAAAAUAGAGUCUGUGAACGAAGGUAUUCCUCGAAUACUUAAACGGGCCCAUCGAUACUUUGGAGGGACACUUAUAAUUGCGGCUUUGUUCAAUAUAUACCUCGGUAUUCAACAGUUUGGUUUACAGUAUGGGUACAACGACUUGCCGUUGAGGAUUGCGUUUAUAUCAUAUGUUUCGGUCGUUGUCCUUGUCUUUAUAUUCGCCGAGCUGUGGCGCGCAUUUGAUGGAGUCUUUGUCGCCAGAUCUUGCCGAAAAGAAGAUAUUGUAGAAGCAAAGACUAUGCUAUAUUCAUAUCUCACUGUCGAGGCACAUUCAGAGUUGCCAGACUUUACCUGGGAUGAAAUCAACGAAAGGGUGCAGCGCGGUGCAUUUUUGGUUGUCUGCGAUGGUCUGGUUGCCGACAUCAGGAAAUGGAUCAAUAUACAUCCGGGUGGUGCCAAGAUUUUAGAAAGAGUUAUUGGAACUGAUAUUACCAACGACUUUUACGACACGCACAAAAUAGACUUGAUAAAAGAAAAAGAAAAAGAAGAAGCCCUGGAAAAUAAAGAUAUGAUCUUUGCUCAACCAGCCAGUCUCAUCUCCCCAGUACUAGGAGAAUAUGCUCAUCUGUGGGACAAGCGAAAACAGACCCAGUACCGAAAGACAAUUUUGACCACUAUUGACGACGCAAACAUCAAGAUUUUCCACAAAUCUCGCGUUCCAAUCGCGCGUCACAAGCACACGGCAUUUGCCACCAUGCAGUUUGCAACAAUGGUUAUCGGAAAGGUGUCGGAAACCAACUAUACAGUAGACAAGAGUCUCGAUGCUUUGGAUCCAGAUCUCAAAUCAUACUUUAGACCAGAAGCUGCGCCGUUUUUGGAGUUUGAUAUCGCAAAGGAUACGUCAAACAGAGUAUUCAGGAGAUAUCAAUUGACUGACAAGGAAAUGAUAAAUGCCAAUCCAAAGUUACCAGUCUACAGAUUAACCUUUACCAAAGUACAUCAGCCCAAGAAAGCCGGUGGUGACCGUUUUCUCCCUGGUGAUUACGUCGAACUUCAAGGCCGUGUUAAAGGACAAGUGAUUGUGCGUAGUUACACGCCCAUCGAAGGACGCAUGUCAAACACCUUCUCCAUCAUUGUGAAGAUCUACCCUGACGGUCUCAUGUCGCAACUCCUUCACAACCAGCUAGUAGGAUACGAAGUUAAAAUCCGUGGACCGUUUGAUUUAUCUGAUCGUAUUGGAGUUUCGCACUUGUCACAGAAUGAGUUGUCGACUGUUAUGGGAAGAAGGUUUAGCUCGAGUCGUUCUGUAAUAAGCAACACAAGUUCUGAUUAUAACGGACAUAUAUUGCUGAAUCCUGAUGCUUCUGAUGGGUGUUGGGAUGAAUUGUUUAUGAUUGCUGGUGGUACUGGCGUUACACCCAUGUUACAGUUAAUCAAAUACUACCUAAAAACAUUAGCUUCAAACCGUGACCGUCGCCUUUCAAUGCACUUGCUUUACGCUAAUGACAAAGUUGAAGACAUUAUCGACGGUCUUAAACUCGAAGGUUUUGCAGCCUUAAGCAAAGGAAUGCUAACAGUUACCUAUAUUCUUACCAAACCACCCAACAAUUGGAACGGUCUUACCGGCCACAUCAACACUGAAAUUCUUAACAACUGGAUUAGUCACCAUGCGCGAAGAGACACGAUAUUCAAUCAACCGUCGAUGCCACAGCCAUUGACUAGUAGUGUAGGACAGGACUCAUAUUACUCUGAUCGAACACCUGACGCUAAUUACGCUCAUAUGGACGUGGAUGAGGUUAACAAUGAAGUAAUACAGGCAACCGUUGAGGAUAAUGACGAGGUUAAUCAAGAAGUAGUCAACGCAUCUACUCAUAGUCUUAGCACCACAGACCACGAGAUAAUAGGAACGCCAAUACAUCCAUCACACGUCCUUAAUAGUAAGGAUCCUUUGAACCGUCAUGCAAGUCUUCUCAGUUCCUCGUAUGCGCCAACAGGUAGUCCUUUAUUAAGUCCGAUGUUGUCACCCACGCCAUCGCAGAGUUAUUAUCAAAUGCCGAGGAUGAAAAUUGUUGCAUGUGGACCUUCGCCAAUGUUGUUGACCGUACAGAAUUCGUUAAAGGAUAUGGGAUAUUCGGAUGACGAUAUUAUCAUGAUGUUUUAA